CAUUUUCUUUUAAAAAGUUAUAUUAAUUAUAAUUUUUUUAUUAAUCUUAUAAAAUUUGUGUGUCUCUAAUAAUAAGCAAGGCAGAAAAGAAGAAGAAGAAAAGAAUGGCGACAUUGAAAACGAUUUCAGCAGCUCUGGAACUCGUUGAUUCAAAGAAACAGAACCUCAAGAAAGCCUUCGAUGAUCUUCUUCAUUCUCACUCUCAACUCCUCUCUUCUUCUUCUUCUUCUCUUCCUUCUCUUUCUCUCCCUCUCUCAUGGCACCAACUCGAUUCCCACUUCACUUCCCUCCACGACUCCCUCUCUCAACGCUUCCUCCACCUUCAAUCUCUCGAAUCUCAACAACAAACCAACAACCCUAACCCUAACCCUAACCCUAAUAAUCCUAAUCCUAACGAACCAUCACCAUCACCAGCUUCCUCUGACCAAAACCCCAAAGUUACACACUUUCCCGCACUACCCAACGAUCCUUCCUCCUCUUCAGAUCCAAUUCGCACCAACGAGAACGUUCCUUCUGGUACGAAGAGCCACGCCGAAGCGCUAUGUGCAUUGUGCAAGAGCAUGAAUGGGAAAGCGUUGAGGGAUUACAUUGGGGAGAAUAUGAGGGACAAGGCUGUGAUCAAGGCUGAGCUUAGGACUGCGUUGAAGAUUGCACCUGAUCCUGCUGAUAUGGUUCUGGCCUCCAUGGAUGGGAUUUAUGGUGGUGAAGUUGCGGCUAGGUAUUCUUUGGAAAUGAAGAAAAUGAAGAGGAGUUGCAAUGUGUUGUUCCAGCAGCUGAGGGCUGUGGGUCCCAAUCUGAGUGACAAAGUGAAGAAGAAGGCGAAGAAGAUUGCUGAUGAUUGGAAAGGAAGCUUGGUGAGUGAGAAUGGUGCUGGUGGUGAUGCAGUGGGUGCAAUGGCUUUCUUGCAUUUUGCGGCUGCUUAUAGUUUGCUUCCUGAGCUGACAUUGAAUGAGCUUGCCACUUUCUCGGCUAUGGCUGCUGCUAAUGAUGAGCUCCCUGAGCUGUACCAGAUCAUUGGUUUGACCGAGAAGGUUCCCGCUCUUGUUCAGAAGCUUAUAGAUAAGGGCAAACAUAUUCUGGCUGUGAAAUAUGUUUUUGAGUUUAACCUUACUGACAAGAUACAACCGGUUCCCAUAUUGGAAGCUUAUCUCAGUGAGUCUCAAAAACUUGCUCAAAGACUUUCUGAGGAAGGGAAGUCAAUGGGCGAGAUCACAGCUAGAGAAAUCCACGCGCUGAAAUCAGUAAUCAAGGUUAUCGAGAAUCAUAACCUUGAUGCUGAAUAUCCGCGUGCAGGCCUUGAACAGCGUAUAGAGCAAUUGAAGAAGCAGAAGCCAAAUGUAAAGCAUUCCACACCAGCUUUUGCUAGAAAGCCUCCCCAGCAUAAGCAGCAACAUAGUGGAAACAAGCGUCCUCGAAUGUCUGCUCCAGCUGGGCCAGCAGCAGUCCUGAAUAAUGUCAACAGUGCUGGUUCAACCAUCCAUCAGUACCAACAACCUCACUUCCAUUCAACAGGUUUGUUGCCAGAAAACUCAAAUCCAUACAUGAGAGCCACGCCUUAUGGCAUGGUGGCGCCAGCCCCAAGCAUCUCACCUUACCAAGGUGCUUCAACUGGGCCUUAUGGUCUUGCUGGUGUCCCGAUGGGUCCCAGUGUGAACCCUGGUCAAAGUGGUUCUCAUCUGAAUUCUUCCGAGCCACAUGUACCAUCUGGUUAUUAUGAUGGUACUGCCUCUGCCUAUGGUGGUUAUGGUCUGCAACAUUAUUACCAACCAUCUUAUCCCCAGUAGACCAAGAGCUUUCUUUUUGGUAUUAUAGUUUCUCGGUGACUUGUUUUGCUGGAAUUUGGUUAUGAUAGCUUUGCUUGCUUUGUUGACCUCCGUGGUCAUCGGACAAGAACUAGAUACAGUAAUUAAGACUUGCAAGGGAAUGUUUAGUUUCACAAUUUUAAUUUCUUAUAACAUUUAACGUCUACAGUUUUCCUUUUAGGUUAAAUUUUGAAUUAUGGUCUUUAGACUUCUCGGUGGUUGCGUUUUUCCACUCCCUAGCUUGCUUUUUCUUUUUUCGGCUAAGAAAUGGUUUGGAAAAUAAAAGCCUCUCAAAUAGAAAGUUUCCUUAGUUGUAGCUUUCCUCGCAAAUCCCUGAAUUAGGGUUUUACUUAGUAUGCUUGGGAUUAUAAUGAUUUUAAGGAAAAUAUUCACUUUGUUUUAACGAUCUUCCUUAUUAAGCUUUUAGAUCAUGCAUUAUUUCAAGCAAAAUUAAAUUAAUUUAAACACAAGCCAAAUACAACUUCAUUCUUAUUCUAUAUUUUGAAAUUUGACCUAACUAAGGGCUUUUGAUAUUUAGGAGUGCUUAUUGUGGUUAUGGUUUUUACUUCACUACGAAAACCACAUGUAUGUAUAGAUUAUGUCUUGCAGUAAUCUGUUGACAACUUAGACAUAUAAUACAUGAUUUAUGUACUCAUUGGUUUUGUGUCACUGGCAGAACCAAUUCAAAUUGAGUAACUUCUAGCUUUUGUAGAUGUAGAAUUAGGAUGUAAAUGAAUUGAUGUUCAAUGUUAUCAAGCUAGUGGCAUUUGGUUGAACUAUGUUGUCUAUGCUUUGGUCUAUAAUAGACUAAUAGUUGAGGCCUUGUUUUUCUAGAUAGCAGCCCAAAUUGUAAUAUGUUUGGGUUACCAUCAAUCACAUAUUUUUGGAUUUAAACCUUGGGCUGCCCUCCUUGAUGCUGUGCUGUCUUGAGUCAGUCUAUAGAGUUGAGGAUAGUCAUAAUAGACAUUAAAAAAUUGGGUAAAUUACACUAACCCGUGAGGUGUAGUAUAAUUAUACUCACUCCCCCUCUAGUUGCUCAAUAUGAAAUAAGAUAACAUUUUGUUUCUAAAUUGUUCAAUAGCCUUUAAGAUAUCACAAAGGUGUCAUUACCAAGCAUGUGUUUUGAGAAUAAUGAAUCUAAUUGAACAAGAGUUGGCUCACUUGGCUAUGGUCCAUCCAUGGCAAAUACAUGGCUUGGUAUUGGAAGCUUCUUGCAGGAUUGCCCUGAAUUCGGACCGAGACCAUGCAUUCUUAUGCUUUUUCAGUAAUAAAAAUAAGUAAUAAAUAAUUAAGCUUUAACCAAAUGAGAUUCUUAAUUCUAAUAUUACGACUAGCUUUAGGGAGUUGUUAUUCUAUUAUGUUUUUCUGCAUACAUUUUUCCUCUUUUCAUGAUAUACUGGCAUCAAGUCUUACCUUUGCAUAGUUAAAAGUUGAAGAAAGAUAAAAAUGUAUGUGAGAAAUUUGAAACUGUUGUACCUAUAUAGUGAUCUAUUACCCUAUGAAAAGAUGUGUCUGUAUUAUUAUUAUGAUGUUGUGUAGAUUAUUCCUCUUACCUUUCUUCAGAACAUUGGUGAAUGCUGAUCCUUUUUAUUUUGUGA